UUUUUUAUUACAAAAGAUUCCAUUAUUAGACGGUCGGAUAAUCUCUCCACCCAUCUCUCUGUUCCUGUCCUGUCUGAAUCCCGGAAUUGUCCGAAAAUUGACACACUUCGGUGUAAACCUUUGUUGAAUCUUUUAAGGAAAGGAAGCGAAUUUUUGAAUAUAGAGAUUUGGUGUUGAUGGCGGCGAGCGCGAAUCCGCCGGGGAACAAUCAGGAAGGUUCGUCGGCGGCGCAGAAGGUGACGUCUUCAUCUCCGGCGGCGAAUGGAGCUGCUGUAAAAUCGGUGGAUAAUGGUGGCAAUACGACGGUGGAUAAUUCAGAGACGAUAAGCGCGUUGAGGCAUAAUCCAGGGAUCUCUGUUGAUUGGACUCAUGAGGAGCAGUCGUUGCUGGAAGAUUUGCUCGCAAAGUACGCGUCAGAGCCUACGAUUGUUCGUUAUGCCAAGAUUGCUAUGAAGAUGAAGGAUAAAACUGUUAGGGAUGUUGCUUUGCGUUGUAGAUGGAUGACUAAAAAGGAAAAUGGAAAGCGUAGGAAAGAAGAUCAUUCGUCAAGGAAGAGCAAAGAUAAGAAAGAAAAGACAACAGACUCUUCAGCCAAAUCCUCAUCUCAUAUGAAUGUGCAUCCGAAUGGUCCUUCAUAUCCUCCUCCUAUGAUGCCUAUAGAUACUGAUGAUGGCAUUUCAUUUAAAGCUAUUGGUGGUGUGAGUGGAGAUCUUCUCGAACAAAAUGCUCAGAUGUUCAACCAAGUUUCCACAAACUUCUCAGCUUUCCAGAUACAUGAGAACGUCAAUAUCUUGUGCAAAGCUAGGGACAACAUCCUCUCAAUCUUGAACGACUUGAAUGACAUGCCAGAGGUUAUGAAGCAGAUGCCACCACUUCCUGUGAAGGUGAACGAAGAGCUGGCUAACUCAAUCCUCCCUCGCCCGCCUCAUCAAAAGAAGUCAUGAUGGAUCUUAUAGAGUCAUAUAUGGUUUGGUUCUGACGAAAAAAGUACUCUCUCCACACCAGGAUCAAUGAAGAUAGGAUGGUGGUUUGAUACAUGUGAGUAGAGUUGUACUGUCGUUUAGGAUGUGAAUAGAUUUCUACUGUUAUGGUUAAAGUCUGUGUAAAUUUGGUUUCAAGCUGAAAAGUUUGAGAUCUAUCCUACAGAUGGUGCUGAGUUGUUAGUUUAGAAGGAAACAAAUGUACUCAUUAUUUCUUGUAAUAAUAAAGCUGAAUGUUCUGUA